AUGCAAGAUAUUCAAGAAGUAAAUUAAAAAUCAUUUUACUACGAACUCAAAAAUGGCGACCCUAUUUUAUAAUCUUAAUGGUGUACUGCCAUGGCUAUAGAUCAAAACAAUGAAAUGGUCUUGAUGUAAUAAAAUGGAUUAAUAAAGUGUUUUUAAUUUAAACACAAUGUAUUGAAAAUAUUAGCUAUUAUAUAAAAUCCAAAAGAAAUUGUCAAAGUAGUGAUGUUUUUAAAGAAUAGAUCUACUUUUUUAUCAACUAAAGGUGAUUCUAUAAUUAAUUGGUCUAUGAAUUUAAUGUAAUGUUGUAAAUUUAUCAAUAAAUAAAAAUGUAGAAAUAAAGUAAAGGUAUAAAUAGAAAUUUUAUAAUCCUAAAAAUUCAUUGAUAUAUUUAAGAUUAAAAGGUAGGGAAGAUUUGUAUAAAAAAUAAGAGUAAAUUAUUGAUGAUUAGACUAAACCUAUAGAAUAAGAUGAAUAUUUAGAAGGUUUAGAAUGUAUCAAUAACUUAUUAAUUGGAUUAUCUAAAAUAAAAGAUAAGAAACUUAGUGUUAUUGAAAAAUAGAAAAUAUUACCAUUGUAAAUUCAAAGACAUCGUUUAGAUGAGAAAGGUGAUCAUCAUAAAGAAUCUAAAAUAUAGAAGAAGGAUGAAAGAGAAAAAGAUUAAGAAGAAUAAAAGAAGACUUAAAAUGAAAAAUAAACAGAAUAAACUAUAAAAUAAUAAUAAUUAUAAGAGGCACAAUUAGCUAGAUAGAUUAGACAUGAAAAGUAAUUACAGGAAAAAGAAAAGUAAAAAUUAUUAGAAUAAAGAUAAGUUUAUAAAAUAUUAACAAAGAAAUAAAUAAAUUAAGGUUUAAUUCUAUAUAGAUGUUAGUUAAGAUAAAAGUAAAAAGACUCAAUUAAAUGGUUAAGAUAUUCAGAAAUAGCUUUAAUAAGUAAAGGGGAAAGUGAGAUCUUCAAUUUUGAGAAGAGAAUUUCAGAUCAAUUAUUUAUGUAAUAACACAAGAGUAAUAUGAGAUCAGUGUUAAUAACUAAGUAAGCAAUGUUUGAUAUAGUCACAAUUCAUUAUGUUAAAGAAUAAAAGGAAGUUAAUAAAUUUGAACAAAAAGAUUUUAUUAAUAAUGAAAUGGAAAAUCUUAAUUUGUCUAUCAAUUAAGAUAAAUUAGUAAAUGAAAAGAAAAUUAUAAAAAAUACAAAUAGAAAGAAGAAAGUUUAAGAGAAUCAAAAGAAUAAGGAUUAGGAGAAAUAACAGUUAUAAAAAGAGAAAUAGUAAUAAUUAGAUUAAUUACAAUAAUAUGAUACAAUAAAAAAAUAAGAUAAUAAAUAAAAGGAUAAUCAACAAUAAUAAGAUAUUAAGAGAAUAAAAAAUAAAAUUAGUUAUUAAGAGAGUGAUGAAGAAAAGAAUGAUGAGGAUCUUUUGGAUGCUGAUUGUGUAUAAAUAUAUAAAAUUACUUAAGAUAAAUAAAGAAAAUUAGAUAAAAAAGAUAAAGAAUUGAAAUAAUAAUAAAAUAAUUAGUAAUAGAUUGAAGAGUCAAAAUAAAUUGAAUUAAAUGAACAUGGUUAAAAUAAUAAUAAUUAAUAAAUUAAAGAAUAAAAAAAAGUAAAGAAUCCAAAAAUAAAGGAGUGUCCAUUAAGUAGAUUAGAAACAAAUGAUGAGAUAAAAAAGAAAGAAUAAAUUAAUUAAAAAAGAAAAGAAAAACGUAGAUAGGAAUAUCAAUAAUAUUUAAAUGAAAUAGAAUAAGAAUAAUUAAAUGAACUUGCUAUAUCUAAAAACAAAAAAGCUAUCAAAGAUACCUAAAAUUAAAAAACUAAUAAAUAAUUAAUAAUAUAAAAAAAUAAUAAGAAACGAAGUAAUAAAUAAGAAACAGAAAAUAUAGAAAUUUAAACUAAUGUAAAUAAUUCAAAUGCUAUAAAACAAAAAGAACAAUUAAAUACUAGUGAAAAUAAAUCAACAUCUUCUAAAUCAUCACCAAAUGGAGAAUCUAUUGAAUCUGGAUAUGUUUCAUCAAAACGUAUAUAUGAAAAAAGAAAUCAAAACAAAAAAAGACUCAAAAUUAUUGAAGAUGAUGAAUCAGAAUUUUAUGAAUAGAAUGCUAAAUAAAAUGAAAAGGAACAGAAGAAAAAAAGAGUUAAAUAAAAAUGA